UAAAGUGUAACAAAGGAUAAACUCAAUAAUCCCACCCUAAUGAAUUCCCGCUCAAAUUCAAAAGCAAAGAAUCCCCUAAAAUGCCGUUCUAGGGCUUCUUCCAAAAAUCAUCAAUUUUUAAUCAAUUGUUCAUCCCUUUUCAUUCGAUUUCACUCAUUUCUCUCUCUUUUAUACUCUGCAUCAUCACGUAGAAUUCAAUUUCGUUGUCUUCAUCAAUCAAAAUCAACUCGUUGCAGAAACCCUAAUUUCAAGAAAAUGAGCUCUCCAAUGGAGAUUUCAAUUCCUAAACCUGAAUCUACUGAACCUGAAGCAGAAGCCAUCAGAAUCGAAAACGGCGUCGUUUUGGAGUCAAAUGUUGGUUCUCCGAUGAUUCCAGAACAAUCUACUCCAACUCCUCCCGUUGUUUCAGAAUCAGCUGCUUCUCCUGCAAUUGCCGACGACAAAUUCCUCGUUUCAGUUGAAGUAUGUUUGAAACCCUCCAGUACAGCUCGAUCGGAUGAUGUCCGAACUUGCGUUGAAAGAAUGCUAGAGACAAGAAGUUUGAGUUAUAGCAAUGGUCCUGUUCCUGUACCUAACAAUGACCAAUAUCUAUUAGAAAAUGUGCAAAGUAUAUGUAUAUGCGAUACAGAUGAAUGGGUGAAGAAAGGUGAAGUUCUUUUAUUCUGGCAGGUCAAGCCACUUGUGCAUGUGUAUCAGCUUAGUGAGGAAGGGCCUUGCGAGGAAUUAGGAGGAGAUGGUCAACAUUCCAGUUUUAAUGAAUGGGCUCUUCCAGCUAAGGAGUUUGAUGGAAUGUGGGAAAGCUUGAUCUUCGAAUCUGGACUAAAGGAAAGAUUAUUGCGGUAUGCAGCGAGUGCAUUGCUUUUUAGUGAAAAGGGUGUUAAUCCAUUCCUUGUGUCUUGGAAUCGAAUCAUUCUUCUACAUGGACCUCCAGGUACUGGUAAAACAUCAUUAUGUAAAGCAUUGGCUCAGAAACUAUCAAUACGAUUCAGUUCCAGAUAUCCACAGUCCCAGUUGAUUGAAGUUAAUGCUCAUUCUUUGUUCAGCAAAUGGUUUUCAGAAAGUGGCAAAUUGGUUGCAAAGCUGUUUCAAAGUAUUCAAGAAAUGGUUGAGGAUGAAAGCAAUCUAGUGUUUGUUUUAAUUGAUGAAGUUGAAAGUCUUGCAGCUGCUAGAAAUGCUGCCUUGUCUGGUUCUGAGCCCUCUGAUUCUAUUAGGGUUGUGAAUGCUCUACUUACUCAGUUGGACAAAUUGAAAAGCUCGCCAAAUGUUAUAAUUAUGACAACAUCCAAUAUUACAGCAGCUAUAGAUAUUGCUUUUGUUGACAGGGCAGAUAUCAAAGCCUAUGUGGGUCCUCCAACCCUGCAAGCACGAUAUGAAAUACUAAGAUCCUGCGUUCAAGAGCUUCUAAGAAGUGGAAUACUAAAAAAAUUUCAGGAUAAGCCCCUCGAUAUUCUGACUUUUCCUAGUCUCAAGGAAAAGUUGCUGUCAAGUGAAAUGCAAGAGGCUGGAGCUUCAUUGACAUUGUCUAGGCAAUUGCUUGAAGUUGCAGAAGCAUGCGAUGGAUUGAGUGGAAGAUCGUUACGAAAGCUUCCAUUUUUGACGCAUGCUGCUACAGCCCAUACAUUCAACUGUGAUCCCAGCAAGUUUUUGUGCACAAUGAUUGAUACAGCCAAAAGAGAGUGUUCUGAGAGACCAGACUGAAUUUUGAAGUAUUCAACUAUUAAUUGUAUCAGAAUCUUAUGUUGUACCAAGGUGAAAAAACAAGGAGGGAUUGGAGGUGUAGGGGUCUUAUUAUUGAAUUUUCAAGUUCACUGUAGUUUCUCACAAUCUCACCUAACCUUAUUCUUUGAAAAUGUGAGGAAUUGGUCAGAUAGAAUUGUACAGUAUUGGAUCAUGCAUACGAAAAUUAGGAGUUUAGGAAGUUUGGUGCACAUGAUCCUCUGUUGAUAACUUGAAUCUCUAAUUUGGUUGACUUUAUUUAUUUAUUUUUAAAGGAGAAUGAUCUUGAGUCUUGACUACGCUUUAACCAACCUUUACAGUUUUUUCAGUGGGCAGGUUAUAUGG